GCGAGGCCAGGUGCCGGGCGGCGGGGAGCCGCGGGAGCCGCCGGCGCCCCGCCUUCCACCCGCGCUCGCGGGCUCGGGUUACCUGCGGCCGGUGGGCGGGGCCGCCUUCCCGUCUGCGCCGGCCCCUAGCCUCCAGGGCGGCCGAGUCGGGAAGUGGGAAAGGGAGCGGGGGAGGCGGAGACUGCCGAGGCUCCAGCCCGGCCGGGCUCCGAGGCAAGGGGCUGCAUGGAGCGGCCGGCGUGGCUGUUCGGGCUGUGGGCACUGCUGCUCUGCGCCGGCGCUGCUGGGGACGCCGGGCUCACAGAAACUCAGCCGCCUGUGACAAAUUUGAGUGUCUCUGUUGAAAAUCUGUGCACAAUAAUAUGGACAUGGAAUCCUCCUGAGGGAGCCAGCCCAAAUUGUAGUCUACGAUAUUUUAGUCAUUUUGGUGACAAACAGGAUAAGAAAAUUGCUCCAGAAACUCGUCGUUCAAAAGAAGUGCCCUUAAAUGAGAAAGUCUGUCUGCAAGUGGGGUCCCAGUGUAGCACCAGUGAAAGUGAGAAGCCUAGCAUCUUGGUGGAAAAGUGUAUCUUGCCCCCUGAAGGUGAUCCUGAAUCGGCCGUGACUGAGCUGCAGUGUGUUUGGCACAACCUGAGCUACAUGAAAUGUUCUUGGCUCCCUGGAAGGAAUACUAGUCCCGAUACUAACUAUACUCUCUACUAUUGGCACAGCAGCCUAGGAAAAAUUCUUCAAUGUGAAAACAUCUAUAGAGAAGGUCAACACAUUGGUUGUUCCUUUGAUGUGACUAAAGUGAAGGAUUCUACUUCUGAACAGCAUGGUAUUCAAAUAAUGGUCAAGGAUAAUGCAGGAAAAAUUAGACCAUCUUUCAACAUAGUGCCACUAACUUCCCAUGUGAAACCUGAUCCUCCACAGAUUAAAAAUCUCUUCCUCCAAAAUGAUAACUUGUAUGUGCAAUGGGAGAAUCCACAGAAUUUUAUUAGCAGAUGCUUAACUUAUGAAGUUGAAGUCAAUAGCAGUCGAUCUGAGACACAUGACAUUUUCUAUGUUGAAGAGGCCAAAUGUUCAAAUUCAGAAUUUGAAAGAAACAUGGAGGAUACAAUUUGUUUCAUGGUCCCUGGUGUUUUUCCUGAUACUUUGAAUACAGUAAGAAUAAGAGUCAAAACAAAUAGAUUAUGCUAUGAGGAUGACAAACUCUGGAGUAAUUGGAGUCAAGCAAUGAGUAUAGGAGAGGAGCCCAAUUCUACAUUCUACAUAACCAUGUUACUCAUCAUUCCUGUCAUCGUUGCAGGUGCAAUCAUAGUCCUCCUGCUUUACCUAAAAAGGCUCAAGAUCAUUAUAUUUCCUCCAAUUCCUGAUCCUGGCAAGAUUUUUAAAGAAAUGUUUGGAGACCAGAAUGAUGAUAGUCUGCAGUGGAAGAAGUAUGACAUCUAUGAGAAGCAAACCAAAGAAGAAACUGACUCUGUAGUGCUGAUAGAAAACCUGAAGAAAGCCUCUCAGUGAUGGAGAUAAUUUAUUUUU